GUGGGCGUGAAGACUGCCAUUUUGCGUUUUUUUCGUGGUCAAGAUGCUACGCCCCGCCCUUGUCCGCCGCGCCGCCCGCGGCCCGCUCAUGCAGCAGAGCUCUCGCGCCAUGUCCAUGACGCUCGCCGAGAAGCAGCAGCAGCGUGAGCUCGAUGCUGCCAAGCUCGACGAUGUGCUUAUUGUCGGCGGCGGCAUUGUUGGCUCGGCGCUCGCGUGCAGCCUCAAGUCCAACCCGCUCUUCAAGGGCAAGAAGGUGUCGAUCAUUGAGACGCAGCCGCCGCGCAAGGUCGAGUCCGAGGACCUUGGCCUUCCGGACCUCCGCGUCUACUCGAUCACGCCGGCCUCGAAGAAGCUCCUCGAAGCCGCUGGCGUCUGGUCCAAGAUGAGCGACAAGCACAUUGCUCCGUUCCAGGACAUGCAGGUCUGGGACGCCAUGGGCGAUGGCUUUGUGCGCUUUGACGCUGCCAAGGCCGGCGUCAAGGACCAGAACUUGGGCUUCAUCAUCGAGCACGGUGUCUUGCAGCGUGCGCUCAUGGCGCGCAUGGAGGAGCUCGCGGCGCAGGACGGCGACGAGCAGCCGCUCCGCAUCCACAGCCCUGCUGUUGUGCGCAACUUCCUCAAGGGCAACGAAGUCUGCCGCUACAGCACAGUGCACCUUGAAGGUGGCGAGGAGCUGCGUGGCCGCCUGGUCGUGGCCGCCGACGGUGGCCAGUCGCUCGUGCGCACGCUCGCGGGCCUCGGCACGUGGGGCUGGUCGUACGACCAGCAGGCGCUUGUCGCGACCAUCAAGACGGAGACGCCGCAUGCGACCGCGUACCAGCGCUUUUUCCCCACGGGCCCGCUCGCGCUCCUUCCGCUGCGCGAUGGCUACACCUCGAUCGUGUGGUCGUGCACGGAAGACAUGGCCGACGAGCUCAUGGCGAUGAACCCCGAAGAAUUCCAGGCCGCGCUCAACGACGCGCUCUUCCGCCCGUCGGCGCCGCCGGCGAUCCCGGACGUGCCUUUGCUCAAGGAUCUCCUCACGGGCCUCCACAACGCUGCGCAGACCGUCAUGGCCGCCGGUGCCAUGUCGGACCCGUUCGUCGCGCCGCCGCGCGUCACCGAAGUCGUCGGUAAGCGCUUCUCGUUCCCGCUCAAGCUCCAGCACGCGACCCGGUACACGCGUGACUGCGUUGCGCUUGUCGGCGACUCCGCCCACAGCAUGCACCCGCUCGCGGGCCAGGGCCUCAACAUGGGUCUUGCCGAUGUCGCGUCGCUCAGCAACCUCCUCGCCGAAGGGGUCAAGACUGGCGCCAACAUCUCGGCGCCGACGUUCCUCCAGCACUACGAGAACGACCGCAAGGCCGCAAACGUGAGCAUGUCGCUGGCCAUGGACGGCUUCAAGCGCCUCUUUGGCCCGACGCCGGACGCGGUCGGCGCGGCCCGCAACCUCGGCAUGGGCGCACUCAACGCCAUCGAGCCUGUCAAGACGCAGAUCGUCCGCUACGCGAUGGGCUUGUAGACGGCGCUGUGUCAGCGUCCAAAGUAGGAACCUAGUGUCAAUCAUCAUGUCCACCCACCUCUUCUCUGGUCGACGUCAUCUCCUUGGUCUCGCUGGUGGUGUUUAACGUGUUUAACGGCGCGGCGAUGGCGUUUACCCUGUGUUUACCCACGCGCCCUUUGGUUCGCGGCGGUUUGGUUGGCGCGGUUUUU